GAUUUUCUGCCUGCCCCUGUGCACUCUCUCUGUUUCCCCAGAGCUGAGUUUCCCGUCCGGACCGACUGCUCUGCACACACUAGAGCUCGAGAGAAGCUUUAAAGCAGAAGUUAUACUGGGUAUCAUGAAUAUCAAUGAUUUUGUGAUACUCCCAGGCUCAAAAACUGGAACCUCAGUGAGAUUAAAAACAAAAACUGUCAGAGAAUUGCAGUUGGAGAAGGAGCAGUUAGAGACAGAAAACAGAGAGAUGGAGAAGAAAUUGCAGCAACUCCAGUCAAACAUGAGCAGAGAAAAAGAAGAGAGAAAGAAAUUAAGUCCUUAUCACUGGAAAUCUGGACAGGCAGGACCAAUGACCAUCCAAGCCCGAGUUUUGUCACAAAGUAAAGAAAACUGGAAAAAGGUUUCUUCAGGAAAAGUGAAGUUGCAAAUACUCAAAGACCAGAUUCAAGAGCCAGUGAAAGAACAAUUUAAGGCCAAAAUGGAAAAUGCUGUAGCACAUAAGAACUCUGAAGUGGAGAGGGUUGCAUGUGGAUUAUCUGAAAUUAAGAGUGUGCUGCUGGAACCACCCUCAGAAUCAACCUGUACAGGCCCUGAAAAUGAGGAUGAAGGAUUAUUGUUAAAUGGCUCAUAUAACGAGGAAGAUUCUGCAAAGUCUUUCCAGGAAGCUUUGCUUCAAUGGAGAAAGGGGAAUAGUGAUCACAGGGAACAAGUGCCAGCCAGUGAGGUGCCAUCAGAAUCUGUGGGAAUUUGUGAGGUCCAGACCAGUGUUACUGUUCUGGAGGAACCUGUCCAAGUGGAAUUCAAGAAGGAUGGCCUGAGCUACAUGGAGAAACUCUUACUUAAGAAAUACAGAAGAACUCCUGUUGAUGAGAUUCCUGACAAUUGCAUGAGAGAUUUAAAGCCUGUGCAAACCCUGAGUGUCCAUCAGGCUGUGAGUGGAGGAGGAGGAGAAGGAGAUGAUGAUGAUGAUGUGGAUGACUUUUCAGUUGAAGAGAUGAAGAGAUUUUGGGCAUCUCUUUUUAAAGGGGAAGAAUCCAACACCACUUCUGAAAAUGCAGAGUCAGAGUCCUCUUUGAAAAUUGAGUUCCUCGAUGAUUUUCACAGCACAGACUUGGAAGAAUCAUCCAACUAUUUGGUGGUGGAAACUGGGGCUGAGGGAAUGAACCAGCAAGGAAAAACUGAAGCCCUGGAGCAGUGUGGAAGAAAUCCUGUUUCUUCUCAAGAAAUGUCUCAAGAAAAAAUGGUUGUCUACAGUCCUCUGGAAGGAAAUGCAGUGCAAAAGGAGAGUAUUAAAGCAGAGACUGGGAGGUCACUGGGCUUCUGGGAAGCACUGGAGGAGAUCUCCAACCCUACUGAACUAAAGAGCAACAAACACCUUGAGACAGAACUGCAGGAAACCAGGGGAGAGUCACAGGAACUGGGCAGUGUCUGUAACAGUCACAGCUUGGGCUUGCCUGUAAUUAAGAAAUCUUCACCACUGCAGGAUGUAGCCAGAAGACACAAACCUGUUGCCACGUGGUAUCGGGGACUCGAAGGUUUCUUUGCUGCAGGUGCAAACCCCAGCCAAGGAAUUCUGGCAGCACCUCCUUCCCUGUGUGCUGCCUCCAGCCCUAGGGCCAGUAGCCUUCCUCUUCCAGGAGGUGGACAGUGGGUUUCCGAAAGGAGCUUAAGUGAAUAUGCUGAGGACUCUGUAGUUCAAGGUGUCUUGGAAAGGCAGUUGAACAGACCCUCCAAUGGGUUCAGGGCUCAGAAUAGAAUUUCUCCUCACAUGGGGGUGUGGAGGUCAGGUAAGGACCUACUUAGGGUCAUUUUUCUUAUCUCAGCUUCUGAAGAUGGAACCUCCUCCAGCAGAGACUUGGAGAACAUCUAUGGAAAUACUACAGAUUUCCAUGAAAACCUGGAGCUAGAAGACCAUGAUACAGAUGAUAUUUUUGGGACCUGGGAUGAAAGCCAAAUGGAUGAGGAGGAAAUUCUGGAGGAUAAACUACAGGUUCUUGCAUUACAGUGAACACAGAAAGGACUCAAUUCCCUCUCCAUCUUUGUGUGUCACACCAAACCAAGAAGCAGAAGAGGUGUUCUGAGUGCUGGUCAAGAUAUUUUUUACUAAGGAUUAUCUUGUGAAGUUGUCAGUAAAACUCCUUAAAAAUAUCUUGCUUUUGUUUUUUUUUUAUUAGUCUGAAGAAA